AUGGCAACAGCCCGCGAAGCAACGACCGGUGCCUCCGACUUUGGCAUGCUCCACGACCUCGCGCACGAACUAGAAUCUCGCCAUGAGCCGCGCUCAGAGCGCGUGAAGCAGCUUCACACGUCCGCAUUCGAGCCCAUGGUGCGAUCUCGCAAUGCGCCGGAGACGGGCCUGCCCGGUUGGCACGAAGCUGUUGGAUGCUUCCUCGUCCUCUUUAGCGCCUGGGGCCCCGUCAACGCCUUCGGAGCUUUCCAAGCGUACUACGACACAGUCUACACCCCGCAACAAGAGGUCUCGUUAGCCUUGAUCUCCUGUAUCGGCUCCGUGCAAGCAUCCCUGGUUCUCUUCUUGGGGUUCGCCGCCGGCCGGCUCGUCGAUGCGGGACACUUCGACUAUGUGGCUGUCUUGGGCUUCAUCCUUACGGUGGCAGGAUGGUUCGGGGCUGCUGUGGGCAAGCAGUACUGGCACGUACUCUUGACGCAAGGCCUCUGUGUAGGCGUCGGUUCGGGCCUUGCCUUGGCGCCGGUGGUUCGGAUUAUGGAAGUUCCUGGGCCUGGCCGGUUGGUCUUCAAUGUCUCUGCCAUGGGCGGCAGUAUCGGCGGCAUCGUCUUUUCGUUGCUUGUCGGCAAACUCGAACGCCGGAUCGGCUGGGCCUGGGCAGUCCGUACAGUGGCCUUCGUGACAGUUGUGCCGCUGCCCAUUGGCCUGGCUAUGCUGCGCUCGUCCCUUCGCCCGAGACUCAGGUCGGCAAGGCGGGCAGUUGAUAUCACAGCAUUUUCAGAUUCGCCAUACUUGGUGAUUGUCGUCGCGCUUGUCCCAGCGCUAAUGGCCUUCUUCGUACCGUUCUUCUACGUCCAAGGCUUUGCGAUGAAAAUCAGCCUGGAUUGGGACCUUUCGGUAUAUUCGCUUGUGAUCAUGAAUGUCGCGAGCCUCGUCGGAAGGGUGCUGGGCACUGCCGUCGCGGAGGGCUGUGAAAGGUCCACCUCUUUCGGCGGGCUAAUGGCGUUCACCAUCUCAUCCGGCAUCAUAGUCUUCCUAUGGUUGCUGGUCGAUUCGACCGGAUUCCUGUUCAUCGUAGCUGCGCUAUACGCGCUGAACUCUAGCGCUAUGCUGGCAGUGAUACCAGCCGUAGUCGCCUAUCUCUGUCCCGAUCCGACAAGGUUGAAGACCCGUAUCCGGAUGAUGUGGUCUCUCGGGUCCAUCGGAGUUCUCGUCGGACCGCCGCUCGCAGGAAUAUUAUACGAGUACCAGAACAGAGACGCUGAUCCUGCGCAUCGAAGCAAGGGGGGCUUGAGCUUUGAUGGUCUUCUGGUUUUUGCUGCUUCGAUGCUGAUACUGUCGGCGGUGCUGAUGGUGGGUGCGAGGCUUCUGAAGAGCCGCGGAGAACGCUAA